ACAGCUCUAGCCGCUUAUUUGUCUUGUAACGGUCCCAUUCAAUCCACUCCCUUUCCUUCGCACUCACAACACGGCAACUCGGAACACGGCACAGAAGCAGAACCAUCACCAAGCAACACGGUGAAAGAUUGAGUUGAUUGGAGUGUCGUUCGUGUUGUUGUUGUUGUUUUUCAAUUAAUUGUUCGUCUAGCUAGCUAUUAGCUAGCUUUAGUUUUGCUUUGACCAUGUCGGCUGGACAAGGCAAUAAUACAGAAGCGUCUCAGUUGCAUCGUCGUUUGUUUUAUGCGAAAUGGGAGGAGAGCAGUCAGCAGCCAGAAGGCAACAACAAUAACAACGACAAUGAGCCAGCAGCUCCAGUACCGGAAAACCCGAAUAGUGUGAUUAUGUUGUUUGAUUCGCCGACACACUGGCACGAUGGUGAGUAUGAGAGAGCCACACAAGAUCAACAAGGAGGCGCUGCUGCUAAUGCGAAUAAUGACAAUGAUGAGGACGCCGAACAGCAAAUUCUGGCCAUGGAGCGGACGAUGGAAGCCAUGUCGCGUCGGUACAUGGACAAUGUGGUGAAUCAGAUGCGAGGCAAUAAUAAUGAAGACGAAGAGGAGCGUCCAGCGCGCAUCAUGAUUGGAGGAUUGGGCGGUGGUGCCAUGCUUAUGGGAGGAGGAGGACCACCCUUUGAUUUCGCACGAAACAUGGCGCGGCGGCGAAAUGCCGUCGUUGAUCGUCCACCUAACAAUGUCGCAGCACAGCCAGCUCCUCCUCCGCGACCCAACAACAAUGAGGAACCUCCGCGUCCAGACGCUCCUCCUGCCGACAAUGCCAACCAAGGCGGUGCUGCUGCCGCGCAAGGCAUUGGACGAGCGCUCGGAGACUUGAUGCGGCGUGCCCUAAGAGGAAUGGGCGGCGGAAGGAACAACAACCAGCGUCCUCCGCGCCGUCGUCCUCGCGAAGAAGCAGCUGGGAAUGACGAACGACCACGACGUCGUCCUCGUCGUCAAGCACGCGAACCACCCGCUGCGGCAAUGAUGGUCGAAGUCCGCAUGGUACAAGGACCCGACGGAAGACUCGUUCCCAUCAUGCCAAACAAUAAUAAUAACAAUCCUCUCAUGAAUGCCAUGAUGAUAGGAGGACCACCACCACCAGGAGGAGACAACAACAACAACAAUGGUGCACAGCCAAAUGGAAAUAAUGCCGACAACAACAAUAACAACGGACCGGACCCAUUUCACAACAUGAUUGCCGACGCCCUCAAUCAAGCUCUAGGACAGAUCCACGGUGGACCCCCUGCUCCGCCUCCACAACAAGGAGCCAAUCAAAACAAUAACAACAACAAUGAGGAUCCUCCUCAGCAAGGAGAAAAUCAAAACAACAAUGAUGAGGCUCCUCCCCAGCCGAAUCAAAACGAGGACAAUGGCAACGACGACAACAACAACAAUAAUAAUGACCCGGCUCAGGGAGCAGCAAACCAACCGCCACCAGCAGGAGCCAACAAUAAUAAUCCACACCAGGCCAUUGGAGAGGCCAUUGCACAAGCGAUUCGUCAAGCCAUGAUGGGAGCGCCAGCAAAUAACAACAACAACGCUGCCGCCGCAAACAACAACAACAAUAACGCUGCCCCAAACAACAACAAUAAUGGUCCUCCGCGACCGUUCAUGCCACGACCAUUUCGUGUCAAUGUCAAUUUGCGAAACGCAAACGACAAUAACAACGCUGCCGGCGCAAACAACAACAAUGACAACCAGGGGCCUGCACGGGUCGGGUUUGGCGCCAUUCCCAUGCCCAUUUUCGAUUUUGGACAAGUCGUAAACCAGCAACAGACCCAUCCCAAGUGGACAUUGGACCAAUUGCGCCAGACGUUGGAACAAAGACAUGAAACAGCCACGACGUUGCAUUUGGAUGUCAUGGAAGGUUCGUGGGAUGCCAUGACACUGGAAGACUGGAAACAGACCUGCACCAUGCUUUCGGCGGCACUCCCCAAUGUCACAAAAAUCCAAGUCACUUACGUCGAACACUUGAAGGAUGCCAAAUGGGCCAUGUUGUUGUCGCACUUUCCCAACAUUACCAGUCUCAAGUUCAAACACAUUGGACCCAUGCCACUCACAUUUCGGCAAAUUGGACACUUGAAGCGCUUGGAUCAGUUGUCGUUGCAAGACGAUACGUACGCCAGAUCCUCCAGUCGAGGAUUGUGUCCCGUGGCGUCGAUUGCGCUGGCAAAGGCACUGCUCAAACUCAAGUCGCUGUCCCACUUGACGAUGAAACAUCUCAUUAUGCAGGAUCCCCGUGCGUGCUGGAUUCCUCUGCUGAAGUCGAUUCGGAAAAUGCCUACCCUCGCACAGAUCCAAGUCAAUGGUGGCUGGCAGCAGCGGCCCGCUGGAAAUCGUCCGGGAGCUCCACUCAUUUGUCAUCGUAUCAAUUUGAGUGCUUCCAACUUGGAAAAAAUGCAGUAUGGACCCCGUAUUUGUGCGGCCCGCAAAGAACAUUUAGCCAGUGACGAACCGACCAUGAUCAAUUGGAUUGAUGCCCUGGCAUCCGUCAACGACCGAUUUGACUGCGUGCACUACUUUUUGACCCAAAUGGAUCCCAGCGAUCUAUCCCGCGCGGGGUUGGAAGGGGCAGUCGCGAAAGAAGCACGAACUGUCGUCGAGAUUGAGCCAGUGGAUUGAUUAGGCAGGCCAACGCAAAACACACACACACAAGACAAAUCACAUCACAUCAUUACGCCGACAAGCUAUACCAUCGUGUCGGAUCGGGGGAAUAUAUCUUUCUUUAUUCAGGCAAUUUUCCAUCAUUUUGGAGUUUAUGUACAAGUACUGCUAUGCUAGACGCUAUUCAAAGACGACCGCGAUACAAUGCAAUACACAAAAUAACGUAACUAACCCAAUUUUGGAUCUUGGCUACCUAGAGAAAGACGUUGCAAAGAGUCUAGCUAGAUGGCUCGACCAGUAGUUUUCUUGACAAUCUCUCCCACCUCUGGAAAAUCGAACAGAUCGUGGUCUCCAUCCUCUACGGUAUAGAAUUCCACUUGAUCCUUGGUGGAGAAUAGUGUUUCGUAGUUGCGACUUGUGCUCUCGGGCAAAAAGUCCUUGGCUCCGUGGACAAUGGAGACUGGAAAUGUCGUUCCGGAGAAGCGUUCUUUCAGGUCUGGAAUCCAGUUGUGCUCCAUCCCCAUUGACAAGAACGUAGCGUAACAGGCAAAUCCUCCAAUGAGUUUUGGAUCCACUGGCUCCUUUUCGUUACUGGUGUCGACGGCACGAUAGUAAUGCUUUGCAAAACCGGCUUGUCUCAAUGCCAAUGUCUCGUCGGUUUCUUUGGGAAGCGAUCCAAAGUCCAUGUACACCUUCAUGAAAUCUUCAAACUCUUGGACAUGUUCUUGAUUUCCCCGCUCCUUUAGUUUGUCCUUGACCAUGGAAAAUAAAUCCCCGUCUUUGGAAGGUAACUCCAAUACUGCCGCGGGUACCAACAACGUCAAGGAUCGCACAUGUUCGGGGAAUUCCGCCGCGUACAAGGUCGCCAAUAAGCCACCAAAAGAGUGCCCCACGAGAUCCAUUUUCUCCACUCCGAGCCGCCGUCGAACGCGUUCCACAUCCCCCACUUGCGCGCCAAUUCCCAAAUCUUGUUCGAUAAUCUUGAUUCCAGGCCACAUGCCCGGGGAUGGAAAUUUGCGGUGAAUACGUGUGGAGUGUCCACAUCCCCGGGCGUGAUACAAGUACAGAUUUGCUAGGUCAGAAUCAGAGGCAAUCUUCCAGGGUUGACUGGGAGCAAUGGCAGGACCACCAUGAAUGGCCAAAAUGGGUGAAUGAUUACUACUAGCAUUGAGUGGAGGAAAGAAAAAUAGUUCCACAUUGUUGGGCAUCAUCCAUUUAUUGUCCUUGCUGGUCUUGUUGGUGUCAUGGAGAGAAGCAUCGUCAAAACCAUCAUUCUUGGCAGCCUCGUCUCGAACCAUUCCGGGCUUGUAAGGUGCUUGUCGAAACUUUCUGUAGCACCAAUACAGGAGCGAAGUAAAUGCGAAGAUUCCCAGUGCGUAGUACAUCUUUGACUUGACUUGACUUGACUUGAAUCUACCGGUAGCUGGUGGUAUGUAUUGAUUUUUCGAUAGCAGGAAAUAGUGGGUGCUUUGGCUUUGCUCAAGAGGAUGGAGGUGAUGUGGGAGUUCUUGGACUUUCUUUCGUUCCCUCGAGCAAAGUUCGUCGACGGAUCCAAGAUCCAACCGAUUCUGGAUACAAAGAUACCACGACUCAAUGUCGGAAACCUUAACCUUCAAAACACUCCCC